AUGACGGCAAUGGAAAACUACGCAUUUGCGGAGGACUAUAAAAACGCACGCGGCAUCCCGCGGGUGGAGUACAUCAGCGAUAUGGCCACUUUUGUCAGGAACAACGGUGGGGCGGAUGCGCUCAUCAGCAAACUUAUUUUGGACUCCUCCAAGUACGAACACACGGAGAAGCGACUUGUGAGCAGCAUGGCGAAUUUAGACCACAAGAUUCCAACUAUAAAGAAGACCCUACACGCAUUGAAUUUCCUCAAGAAGCGGUUGCAGGAGGAUCAAACCCCUGUGCGCUCCUAUUACUGUCUUACGGAUGCCGUCUUUGGAGAGGCGGAGGUGGUGCCGCAAGAGACGGUGCAUCUAUGGAUGGGUGCGAAGGUGAUGGUCGAGUAUACCUUUGAUGAAGCUUUACAGUUAUUAGAGAAAAACCUUGCAAACGCAGAGACGAAUUUAAAAGCAACGAAGGAGGAUCUUGCGUGGGUGCAGGAGCAGAUGACAAAUCUGCAAAUUAACAUAUCGCGGGUGUACAAUUAUGAUCUAAAGAACAAGCGGACAAAUGGUGGUGCCGCGGAGCCUUCCGCGUAA